CUGCGUCAUCAUUACGGGACACGGAGCCGCAGCGACGAGGGGGCGACUUGUGUAUCGGGCACAGACAGCAGGGCUAAUUUCGGUCUUUUCAUCCUCAAAAUAGCGACACGAAAACCCGACUAGCAGCAGUUUGAAUGUUCAUAUAAGGUGCUUUCUGUCUCUGAGGUCCAGCAGUGCAGCCGGUUGUCAUGGCGUCUCCAGGGGGACAAGGAGGAGGAGGAGGAGCUCUGUCGACGAGGGGAGGCAGCGGGGCGAGGAGGAUGAAGUGGGCCCUGGAGCUGAGUCUGGGGAACACCAGGAGUCGUGACCGGCAGGGCGGUCAGGGAGACGUCGUCUAUCCCAUCGGAUACUCUGACAAACCCGUCCCCGACACGAGCAUCCAGGAGACGGACAAGAACCUGGUGGAGAAGCGUUGCUGGGACGUGGCCCUCGGGCCCCUGAAACAGAUCCCCAUGAACCUGUUCAUCAUGUACAUGUCAGGAAACACCAUCUCCAUCUUCCCCAUCAUGAUGGUGUGCAUGAUGGCGUGGAGGCCCAUCCAGGCGCUCAUGUCCAUGUCAGCCACCUUCAAGCUGUUGGAGAGCUCCAGUCAGCAGUGGCUCCAGGGCCUCGUCUACCUGGUCGGGAACCUGCUGGGCUCGGCGUUGGCCAUCUACAAAUGUCAAUCCAUGGGACUGCUGCCGACGCACUCGUCUGAUUGGCUGGCUUUCAUAGACCCGCCUCAGAGGAUGGAGAUCAUGGGUGAAGGGAUGGUGCUGUGAAGAGGAUAUUUACAGAGCUUUAUACUGUACAGCUGUUUAACUGUUUUCCACAAGAGGUUCAAACUUUAAGCCAAGUUUAUGCAACACGCAGGAGGUUUGAAAACACUUCUCCCUGCUCUGCCUCGCGUCUUUGUGACGACCCCGUUCUUUUUCUUUUAAUGAAAGUCCAUCAUCACGCUGCCUGCUGCUGGACUUCUGUCUCUCCCUCAGUAACAGAAUGAUCUAUGAGCUACGAGGAUACGCUGAAACACUUUGCUGUGGAGUAAACAUCAAUAAAACUGAACUUUAACCUCUUGUAUCUCCUACUAAUGUAGGUCAGAGUUUAUUCAUCUAUAGAAAUAAUUAGCUCGUAGUAGUAGAUUAGUGUCCUCUUUUAGAUUCAGCAUGCUAAGCAGCGACCUUUAACCCCCUCCCCCCUGUUAUAUGUUUAGGUCUGUUUAAUUUAUACUGAUUCUGUGUCUGAAGAUGUUCUAUCUAAUAAAUCUCCUAAAUGGCUUCAAUUCAAA